GCCCUUCCCCCCCGUCCAUCUGUCCGUCCCUCCGUGCAGCAGCUCGGGCGAAGAUGCUGCGCUUGGUCAGCCGUGCUGCGCGCUGCUGGGGGGCAAAGCGGGCACCUCCGGGGCCGGAGCCGGCACCCUGGGGGGCCCAGCCCCCCGUGGCCGUGCAGAGGGCAUGCCUCUCCAGUGCUGCGGGGACGGGCACCUGGCCCAAGGACGUGGGUAUCCUGGCGAUGGAGGUUUACUUCCCUGCCCAGUACGUGGAGCAGGAGGAGCUGGAGAAGUACGAUGGUGUUGAGGCUGGCAAGUACACGCGGGGCUUGGGCCAACAGCAGAUGGGUUUCUGUGCUGCCCACGAGGACAUCAACUCCCUGUGCCUGACGGUGGUGCAGCAGCUGGUGGAGCGCGGGCGCCUCUCCUGGGAUGCCAUCGGCCGCCUGGAGGUGGGCACCGAGACUGUCAUCGACAAGUCCAAGGCUGUCAAGACUGUCCUCAUGCAGCUCUUCCAUGACUCGGGCAACACCGAUGUGGAGGGCAUCGACACCACCAAUGCCUGCUAUGGGGGCACUGCUUCGCUCUUCAACGCAGCUGCCUGGGUGGAGUCCAGCGCCUGGGAUGGUCGCUAUGCCGUGGUGGUGUGCGGGGACAUUGCCGUCUACGCCACCGGGAACGCGCGGCCCACAGGAGGUGCCGGGGCCAUCGCCAUGCUGGUGGGACCCAACGCCCCGCUGGUGCUGGAGAGAGGCCUGCGGGGAACCCACAUGGAGCAUGCUUAUGACUUCUACAAGCCAGACCUGUCCUCAGAGUACCCAGUGGUGGAUGGGCAGCUCUCCAUCCAGUGCUACCUGCGUGCUCUGGACCGCUGCUAUGCCGUGUACCGAAGGAAGGCGGAGAGCCAGCAGCAGCAGGCCGGUAUCCAGCGGCCCUUCACCCUCGACGACUUCAAGUACAUCAUCUUCCACACGCCCUUCUGCAAGCUGGUGCAGAAGUCAGUGGGACGGCUGCUGCUGAAUGACUUCUUGGCCUCCCCCAACCCUGACACAGCCUCUGGCCUCUACAAGGGGCUGCAGUCCUUCCGUGGCUUGAAGCUGGAGGACACCUACACCAGCAAGGAUGUGGAGAAAGCAUUCCAGGUGGCCAGCCAGGAGAUCUUCAACCAGAAGACCAAGCCCUCCCUGCUCCUCUCCUCCCGCAACGGCAACAUGUACACACCAUCCAUGUAUGGCUGUCUGGCCUCCCUCCUGGCACAAUCCUCAGCGCGGGACCUGGCUGGCUCCCGGAUCGGUGCCUUCUCCUACGGCUCGGGGCUGGCUGCCAGCAUGUUCUCCCUCCGUGUCUCAGAGGAUGCAGCCCCGGGUUCACCCCUGGACAAGCUGGUUUCCAGCCUGUCCGACCUGCCGGCUCGCCUGGAUGCCCGCAAGCGAGUGGCCCCAAAGGACUUUGCCGAGAUCAUGAAGCAGCGGGAGGAUACCCAUCACCUGGCCAACCACGCUCCCCACGGCUCCCAGGCGGAUCUCUUCCCUGGCACCUGGUACCUGACACGGGUAGAUGCCAAGUACCGCCGGGAGUAUGCCAGGAAGCCCAUCUAGGGGAAACUGAAAUGGUGAGCCCCAGGGAGGAGGAUGCGCUUCGAUCCACUGGUUUACCCUCAAAUCUGGGACUGGCCUCUGUGGAAAACCUCACCUUGGAUGGCUAGGAAGCAUCCAGCAGCACUUGAGGCCCUGGAGCUGGUGGAGGCACUGGUGUUUUCUGCUAACCCCUGGGUGGCACAGGGGAAUAAAGGCACAGAGGAGAGGGGGCAGCA